CCACUAUCUCCUCACACAGAGAGGCUUGUAAGCUGAAGCCCUCAGCAGUCUCCCUGGUUUUCCUGCGGUUUGUAAUCAAAUCAUGGGAUAGUGGAGUUUGUUUUUUUUUUUUCCAAGUUUUAUUGCUUGAAUUUGGAAUAUGGCUGCGACCCUCUGUGUACACGUUUCCUCUCUCCUGCGGGGAUUACCACAGGAAUAGUGUGUGUGCAUGUGCUUCUGUGUGUGUGUGUGUGUGUGUGUGUGUGUGUUCAGCACUAUGCCUACUUCUGAUGGUGUUGAAUUGAGCGGCAGAAGUGCAUCAUCAUGAGAGGGAGUCACCAUCACCGAGGGUGUGGAUGUCAGCACCUGUUUAGAAAACUACUCAGUAAAUGUGGCUGCUGCUUUAUCAAAGUCAGAGUAGAGUCAUACUCUGUGGCAGGCAGUAAUGGCAGUAUCACACCAUCAGUGGGCUCUGUGCCCCACCAGGCCUCAGGGAGCUCGAGUCCCUGCUCACACUCUUCAUCCGGAGGAUCACGGCACCCCGUCAGCACUCUGAAGAAAUGGCUCACCAAUCCCGUACGCAAGCUGAGCUCUGAUGCCAGAAGUGGAGUGGGGAAAGGCGAGAAGCAGAUGUUUGGGUCAGAUGGGAGGCAACCACCGUUGAUCCUUUCCCACAGUGAGACUCCGCAAAGGCCAAUGGAAAUGCACAAUAACUACACCAUCCUAACCUCUGGAGACACAGAGUGGAAAGAUGGCCUGUUGAAUCCAGCAGCUCAUUGUCCUUUACAUCCAGCUUCUCCAAGCUACUUAUCUGACCUCCUGCAAGGCAGAGACGCACAGAGUCCAAGUCAAAGUAUCAACACUCUCCAACGGGAGGACAGCUGUACUGUAACUGAUGACUCAACCAGCCAGUGUUCUGCUACAGUGGACAGCGAAGAAGAGAAAAACAUUGCCUUAGAGAAGAGCAUAUAUGUGCUGACAGAGCUGAUAGAGACAGAAAGGUUGUAUGUUGAAGAUCUUGGACUCAUAGUGCAGGGUUACAUGGCCACCAUGGCUAAUCAGGGAGUUCCUGAGGACUUGAGAGGGAAGGACAGGAUUGUGUUCGGAAACAUCCACCAGAUCUAUGACUGGCAUAAGGAUUAUUUCCUGGGAGAGUUGGAGAAAUGUGUGGGUGAUCCAGACAGCCUGGCCCGGCUCUUCAUCAAACAUGAACGGCGUCUUCACAUGUAUGUGGUUUACUGUCAAAACAAACCCAAGUCCGAGCACAUUGUCUCUGAAUACAUUGAGACCUACUUUGAGGAUCUAAGGCAGCAGCUGGGUCACAGACUGCAGCUCAAUGACCUGCUUAUCAAACCUGUUCAGAGGAUUAUGAAGUAUCAGCUACUGCUAAAGGACUUCUUGAAGUAUUACAGCAAAGCUGGGAAGGAUGUGGAAGAACUGCAGAGGGCAGUUGAGGUGAUGUGUUUUGUGCCAAAACGGUGUAAUGAUAUGAUGAAUGUGGGAAGGCUCCAAGGUUUUGAGGGGAAAAUCACAGCUCAGGGGAAGUUGCUCCAGCAGGAUACCUUCUCUGUCAGCGAGCAGGAAAGUGGCUUCCUGUCCAAAGCAAGGGAGAGACGGGUUUUCCUGUUUGAGCAGCUGGUCAUCUUCAGUGAGCCAAUUGAUAAGAAAAAAGGUUUCCCUUUGCCUGGGUACACCUUUAAAAACAGCAUCAAGGUGAGCUGCCUGGGUGUGGAGGAGCACUCUGAAGACGAUUCGUGCUGUCUGGUGCUGACUUCCCGGGGGACUGACGGCAGUGUGACACGCUUCAUCAUGCAUGCAUCAUCUCCAGAAAUACAGCAGGCUUGGCUCAGUGAUGUGGUCCAGAUAUUAGAGACUCAGAGGAACUUCCUUAAUGCACUUCAGUCUCCGAUAGAGUACCAACGCAGGGAGAGCAAGUCAAACAGCCUGGGAAGGAUCAUGAAAUCUCCACCUACACCAGCAUCUGGCAUGUGGCCUCACUCUUCAGCAUCGGCGGACAUGCGUCAGCAGCCCUGCUUGCUGCAUUAUAAUACCUCCCUGCCCUCUAUGCAUUCACCCCAACACAGCCCGGCCUCACCAACGCUCAGUUUGUGCUCCGAGGUGAGACAUGACUGCGGCACAUCCAACGGCCUGCCUCCCUGCAGCUAUCACAGCCUACGGGGUGUGCCUGCCAGUUUCCAGACGAUCACAUUCAAUGACGUCGGGACUUACUCAGCGCAUCAACUAAAUAACAUGGAUCAGCUUAAAGAGAGCGAGCAGUAAUGAGCUGCAGUGUCACAUGAACUCAGUUUACCCUUCUGGAGCUGAAGUACCUCGACUGAGUCUGAGUCCUCUGCCAGGACACUUUGUUCCAUUCAUGUACACAGGCUGUCUGAGUCUGAGUGUCUCUGUCUUCACAUAUUAUCUCAAAUUUUCUUUAGGUUUAUUUAUGUGGGGACUACUCUUGUUUUUCAUAGUGGUUUGACUGUGUUCAUUUGAGUGUGUGUGCAUAUACAGUACCAGUCAGCCAUAACAUUAAAACAAGAUGAACUGAAUAAGACUGAUCAUCUCUUCCCUCCUGGGAAACCUUGGGUGGGACCCCCCUCCCCUUCCACGUUAUGGGCAAAAAGCACUCCUUGAGGGAGCUAUACAAUAUUAAACAGGUUAUUUUAAUGUUUUGGCUGAUUGGUGUAAAUACAGGUGUAUAUAUACAUGAAGCGUGUAAAACUGUGGUUUAAAUUCACCACAGAGACUGUGCUUCAUGUUGUGUAUUAUACAUUUCUGCUGAAAAUUCUUUGAUGGAUGUUUGUGUAAUGAGUACGGUAAUCACUUCAUAAGGGAGCGAUUUCACAUUAUUCCCACAGAAAACUGUUCUUAAAUCCCCCCCCUGAGGCAGUGAUUACUCUGUGUCUUCAAAAAACUGUAUCCAUGAAAUCGCAGAGUGACUGUAAAUCCCAGUUUCAGUCCAGGAUCUUAAUCCAUACGAAUUGUGUGUAUCUGUGCAUUCCCUGCAGAUUAGCGAAUAGCUGUGCUUUCCGUCUAGUGGCCUAUUUUAACCCUGCCAUUGUCAGUGUUAUCUGGACUAAACAUAUUUGCAGACUUACACAAAGCGUGUGUCAUAACCGAGCAGAGUGGAAAAAGGGAACAGAGAUAAAACAGAGGUGCUCAUUUGUCACUGCCAUCUUGAAUGUAAAUUAUUUUGUGUUGGAUCAUAUCAGUGAAACUUGUGCUGUCCUGAUACAUGGAAUUAAAGAAGCUGUUCAGA